AUGUCGCACCGUAAAGAUUCUUACGGUCCUACUGCAUAUCGAACAUCAUAUUCUGACAAAUCAAAAUAUGAUUCAUUAUAUACAAAUGACGGGUUUUCGAGAUAUCGGCACAAAUCUUCAUAUGCCUCUGAAAAACCUAUUCGACAGCCUGAGAAAAGCACAUCAAAACGUCAAAAACGCGAUGUAUCGAAAAAACCGGAAUCUGAGACCAAUUCUAAGAAAAAAGUUAGCGUAAGACCUCAAAAUGAGACAGGAAUUGUAUUUUUAUCAAAAAAACAAAGAGAACAAUUAGUGAAAGAGGAAGAAGAAAAACUAGAGAAAUUAUUAGAGCAAAUUCGUCAACAUUAUCUAGGGUUGAAAAAAGAGUCCAAAAAGCUACAAAAACCGUCUGAAAAGUUUAGAAAUAUAUUCAACUUUGAAUGGAAUUCAAUUGAAGACACUACUCGUGGCGACAGUAAUACUUUAUAUUUAAGCCGUGUUGAGCCUCAACUCUUAUUUGGCCGUGGUUUCCGUGCAGGAAUUGACGUUAGAGAACAACGAAAAUAUAACAAUUUUUAUGAUGAAUUGAUAAAACAUCGGACUCAAGUUGGGGGCGAACAAAUAACUGCUAUUGCAGAUAGAGAAUUAUUAAUAAAACAAAGAGAUUUGGAUGUACUGAAAUAUAGAGCAUUAUAUUUUAUAUAGACUGGAAAUGCCAGUAAACGGCACUGGUGUGAAAAAAAAUAUGAGGAAAUGCAAGACAGAGACUGGCGCAUUUUUCGUGAAGAUUAUGAGAUUUACAUUAAAGGAGGACGAGUUCCCCCUCCUAUGCGAUGCUGGGAAGAAUCAAAUUUACCGCCUGCUUUAAUUGAAGCAAUUAAAAAGGUAGGGUAUGAAAAGCCAACACCUAUUCAAUUGCAAGCUAUUCCAAUAGCACUUGAAAUGCGUGAUUUAAUAGGAAUAGCAGAAACAGGUUCAGGAAAGACUGCCGCUUUUGUUUUGCCUAUGGUUACAUAUGUUGGUAGUUUACCUGCUCUCACAGAUGAAACUAGUCAAAGUGGACCGUAUGCUUUAGUUCUUGCACCAUCCAGAGAAUUAGCUAUUCAAAUUGAAGAAGAGGUUCAAAAGUUUUCUCAAGUUAUUGUCUGCCGUGCAGUUGCAGUUGUUGGAGGCAGGAGUGCGGAAGCUCAAGCAUUCGAAUUACGAAAAGGAGCUGAAAUAGUUAUCGGUACCCCUGGACGUAUACGAGACUGUCUCGAACGAGCUUACACAGUCUUAAGUCAAUGUAAUUACGUUAUUUUAGAUGAAGCUGAUCGAAUGAUUGAUAUGGGUUUUGAAGAAGUAGUAAAUUGGAUCCUAGAUCAAAUACCUUCUACAAACUUUAAAUCACUAGAUGAGAACUUAGCCUUGCAGCAAGAGUUAGAAACUAAAGCGGGAUACAGGAAGUUUCGAUUAACUCAAAUGUUUUCCGCAACCAUGCCCGCAGCUGUUGAGAGAUUAGCCAGAAAAUAUUUGAGAUCUCCCGCCUAUAUUUCUAUAGGAGAUCCAGGCGCUGGCAAAAGAGCUAUUGAACAAAGAUUAGAAUUUAUCACUGAAAGCAGAAAAAGACAGCGGUUGCAAGAAAUACUUGAAACUGCGGAUCCUCCAAUCAUCGUUUUUGUUAAUCAAAAGAAAGCUGCAGAUGUUUUAGCUAAGACUUUAUAUAAAAUGGGAUUCAGUGCAACUUCGCUGCAUGGUGGUAAAGCUCAAGAUACUCGUGAAAUGUCGUUAAAUGAGUUUAAGAAAGGAAAUGUGGAUAUAUUAGUAGCAACUGAUGUUGCCGGUCGUGGUAUAGAUAUAGAAGGCGUUCAACUUGUAAUCAACUUUGACAUGCCAAAAGAUAUUCGAAAUUACACACAUCGUAUCGGGAGAACUGGUCGUGCAGGAAGAAAAGGAACGGCUAUAUCAUUUUGUACUGAAGAUGACUCUGGUCUCUAUUAUGACCUUAAACAAUUAUUAAUUUCUACAAAUAACGUAGUUCCUAUGGAACUACAAAAUCAUCCUGCAGCUAAGUCCAAAGCGGAACAAGCAGCUAUGGCUGGUGGAGAAGGAAACAUGAUUAUGAGAGCUCCCAUGCGUUUUUAA